GGCGGGACUAUGAAGAAGUGCUGCCCAUCUAUGUUGAUACAGAUCUAAAAAAACUGGACUAACAGAAUGUCUGCUUACGUUGCCCUUCGCAUGGACUAAUUUUUGUUUUAUUCGGAGGAAAAGUUUUUCAGCGUGGGGAAAUUGUAAAAAAGAAAAGGAAAAAAGAAGCCGCCUUCAACUCCACCGGCUCGGAGAAUUUGGCGACCUGGCUCUAAGGUUUGGGCCCCCCCUCUGCUACUGCACAAAGUGAAGGUUGAUAUGCCACACCAGUGAUGGAGCCCAUGACGGUGACGACGUCGGUGGUCGGACCGGACGAGUUCGACCGCAACGCCCCGCGGAUCUGCGGCGUGUGCGGCGACAAGGCCACCGGCUUCCACUUCAACGCCAUGACAUGCGAAGGCUGCAAGGGAUUCUUCAGGCGCAGUAUGAAGCGUAAAGCCUCUUUCACCUGUCCAUUCAACGGGAGCUGCACCAUCACCAAGGACAACCGCCGUCACUGCCAGGCCUGCCGUCUCAAACGCUGCAUCGACAUCGGCAUGAUGAAAGAGUUCAUCCUGACAGAUGAGGAGGUUCAGAGGAAGAAGGACAUGAUAAUGAAGAGGAAAGAGGAGGAGGCGGCCCGCGAGGCCAUGAGACCACGUCUGAACGAGGAGCAGGCCCAAAUCAUCUCCAGUCUGGUGGAAGCUCACCACAAGACUUACGAUGCCUCCUAUUCUGACUUCUCCCGCUUCAGGCCUCCAGUACGUGAAGGCCCAGUAACACGCAGUGCCAGCAGAGCCGCCUCCCUUCACUCUCUGUCUGAUGCCUCCUCUGACUCAUUCAACCACUCACCGGAGUCUGUGGACACCAAGAUGAACUUCAGCAACCUGUUAAUGAUGUACCAGGACGGCGCGAGCAGUCCAGACUCCAGUGAAGAGGACCAAAAGCUUUCCAUGCUGCCCCACCUGGCUGACCUGGUCUCCUACAGCAUCCAGAAGGUCAUAGGCUUUGCCAAGAUGAUCCCCGGCUUCAGAGAUCUGACGGCAGAAGACCAGAUCGCUCUGUUGAAGUCGAGUGCCAUCGAGAUCAUCAUGCUGCGUUCAAACCAGUCGUUUAGUCUGGAGGACAUGUCCUGGAGCUGCGGAGGACCCGACUUCAAAUACUGCGUCAAUGACGUUACAAAGGCGGGUCACACUCUGGAUCUGUUGGAGCCGCUGGUGAAGUUCCAGGUUGGUCUGAAGAAACUCAACCUGCACGAGGAGGAACAUGUGCUGCUCAUGGCCAUCUGCCUGCUCUCCCCAGAUCGUCCUGGCGUCCAAGACCACGGCCGCAUCGAGCAGCUCCAGGAUCAUCUGUCGGAGGCACUGCAGGCCUACAUCCAGGUUAACCACCCGGGCGGACGCCUCCUCUACGCCAAGAUGAUCCAGAAGCUGGCCGACCUGCGCAGCCUGAACGAAGAGCACUCCAAGCAGUACCGCUCGCUCUCCUUCCAGCCUGAGCACAGCAUGCAGCUCACCCCGCUGGUGCUGGAAGUGUUUGGCAGCGAGGUGUCAUAGCAGUGGAGGAAGCCCGCUCGCAUACAUACACUCACUCAUCACACAUCACAGGAUGAUUUACCGGCCCCUACCGCCUUUUCCCCAAGACAACCCCAGCCCUGAUAAACCUGGACACGAGGGAGUAAGAUGGAUAACCCGAUAGGUAGACUGUAACCUUCACCUCUUCAUCCUGACCUCGAGCAUCAACGCUCUGGACCUCUGGAUUUAUGGAUUUAAGACACCUGAAUAUGCUGUGGAUUUCUGCAGCACUUUGGAUAACCAGAUUAUAUUUUAACCUCUGGAUUCGCAAACACAGUACCGCAUCAAAUGUCAUUACGUCAGGCAAAUAUCCUGAGUCAGACAUCUGGAUAUCCUGAUCCUCUCCAAAUUCACUAACUCCAAACAAAAAUUGCCUUUUCUCAUCACCACCUUUCCUCCGGACAUCACUGCUAGAUUCCUGCCAUUUUCUUUUUUCUUUUUCUUUUUUUUUUACAGUGAAGACAGCAUGACGGAUGUGACAGUCGCAUCCCUUUCAACCAUCAUCCUCAUAACAUUGUUCCAUGUUGACAUCAUCGCGAUGACAGACAGGAGUAGAUACACAGAUUUACAUCUAUUAACCACGCUGGCACUUGUGACAGAUAAAUUGCGAGCAAUGUUGCUACACUCGUGUUAGAUCGCUAUAAACUAUUGUUGAUUUUACAGUUUGUCGAUAGCAAAGACAUCCAAAUAUAUUAAACAUCAACAUGGCCAGCUAGCUUACAAUAAUGUAAUGGAAAAAUGCUCAAAAGUACUCUGUUAAGAUGGGCUGCUUAGCACUGUUUAUCUGUGUAUGUGCAAAGAGCUGUCUCAGAUUGUCAGCUGGUCGAAGAAAGGAAGUUAAAGUAGGAAUAUUUCAGUGGUGAGAAGAAAAGUGAGAUUUAGAGGAAUGAGUAAAGGAGGUCAGAUAGCGGGAGGGAUAUGCUACGGUUGGAAUUCCCUGUUCACAAGACAAAAGGGAAUUUCACAAAACAAGAAUGUAUGUAUAAUGUUAUAUAAAUAUAAAUGAUACGUAUAAGCUGAUAUAUAUGAAUAUAUGUAUAUUUAAGAGAGUGAAACAUGGUUGCUUCCAUGGAAGCAAAUAGUUCUGAGUGUAUAAUGUAGAGGAUUUGAAGGCCCCUCCUCAGGUGUGUGUGUGUCUGUGUGUGUCUGUGUGUGUCUGUCUGUGUCUUUCUGUGUCUGUGUCUGUGUGUGUCUGUGUGUGUCUGUCAUCUUUCAAAAAAACAAACAUACACACACACACACACACAAAAGCGCUGAGAAGUGUGUGAGGAGUCCUUUUAUUUUUGUGACGCGUGUACAGUAUAUGAGAAUACUGAUGGACCACAAGGGGGUGUGUGCAGGCUCUGACCAAGGGUUUAGUGCAGGGACGCACUUCUCUGUUGGAUUUUGUCGGGUUUUUUUUUGUGAAGCUUGUAGACUGACAUAUACGCAAACACAACGUCAUGUUUUGUGGAUAGCGAUUAUCCCAAAAAAUAUUUGUCCAAUCGUUAGAUUGCUGCUAAGACAGUUAGAGCCACAUAGUUGGACAGAAACCAACUACCGGCUGUUGCCUCAGGGAAAAGUUUGUCUGAUAUUGUGUACUUGGUGUUUAUGGUGUGUGUGGCGUAAGCUUACAAUCAUAAGACAGAGAUUGUUUUUGAGCUCUAGGCAUCACUGUGAUUUCUAAUCAUACUAAAUAACAGUAUAAGUAAGCUAAAAGUGAAACUUUUUUUUAAAGUAAUGAUUACGAAAAGAUUUUCAUUCCUGAACUUAUCCUUUUUAAAUAAAAACAAUUAUGAAAUGGUUUGCAUGAUCGUACAAUCCAUUAGAGAUCAUUGGUAAAGAUGAUCUUUAACAAAUCAAUGGCUACAUUUUAAAACAUGAGUGAUUAAUAUCAGCCAUAAGUUUAUUUUUACUCUGAGCAAAGUGAAUAAUCUACAGAAUAGCAAUGUACAGAAGUGAAACAAUGUAAAGCCUUUAGUGUUUUUAGAAUGAAAUCCUUCAGAUGUCCUGGGUUAGGGUUAGCUGGGCAGAGAAAUAACUUUUUUUUUUGUUGUCACAUUUCUAUCAUUUCAACACCAGCCACAUAAGCGAGGUUUAGGAUGUUACUCUUCAACAUCACUACAUAUCAUAUCACGUUUCGGUCGACACAGUGCAGGCUCACCCCUCAUGCAAGCCUGGAUCGCCCCCUUGUGGACAACCUCUGUAAAUACCACUUGCUUAGUCUGUACAUAGUUAGAGAAUAAUGUAGGCAAAAUACUAAGAGAACUCAAUUGUUGACGGCAAGAUGCUCUGGAGAUACAGCACUAUAUGCAAUUAGGAGAUGGACUCUUAUGUUGUAUUCAACUAGAAUCGUCAGAGGUGGCAAUCCUGGUGGAGUUACUGAGGUGUUUCAGGGCGCGCUGAAGAAGACUGCCGGACUAGGGUUUGACAAGAACGGCUUUUAGAAAGCUGAUAUUUCUUUCUCUGAUGUCCAUCUGAUGUCUAUGCAAUAUAAACAUACUUUUAAUGCAUUGUAAUCUUCUUAUGGCACUGUAUAAUUAUGAGAAUUUAUACAUAUUUAUAAUGCUUUAUAACAAUAAUCCUUAUACAAUAUAUAAACAAGGUCAAGUAUCAUAACUCACUGCAAGGAUCAGUGUUUUAUUAGUCUCAUAGUAGUAAUACACUAUAAUCUUUUUAUUUUAUUUAAUGCAUUAUAAUCACUGUUGUGAUUUUCUCUGUGAUGUUUGCUAGUAAAACGUUUUGUGUGGUCUUGCAUAGAUUUAAUGAUAGUUCUUUACUUGAGUGAAACACGACCACUUAGAGUAACUUAUAUUCACAUUAUAAUACAUUUUAAAAGAUGUAGUAAUACAUUAUUAUACACUAUGAUCCUUGUCAGUGAGUGACCAGUAAUUGUGAAGUGUUAUGAUACUCAACCUUUAUAAUGUGUUAUGAUUUUAAACUAUAGUGAAUAUUUAUGAGUUCUUAUUUCUAUGAUCAUACAGUGCUACAAGCAGAUUAUUACACAUUAUAAGUGUGUUUAUAAUGCGUGGGCGUCAUAGAAAGUGUUACACUUUUGGCAAUUUUGUAAUGUCAAAAUACUGAUGGUGUUUCAUAGAAAGAACCUUUAUCAGUAACUUUACCAAUAUAGUCCCUAAUAAUAAUAAUAAUAAUAAUCAUAAUAGUAAUGAUUAUAAAGGGCCUGUUUGGGAUGACGCUAUCACUAGUGCAGUGAUGGGACUCACUGCACUAGUUGCAAAGGCUUGAUGUGACUGAACAUCUGGUGGUUGUGUUGAUCAUUCCAACGGGCUCAGUCUGCUGCACCAUGUAAACAUCAGCCCGAGCGUCCUGAACUCUCCGGCAGCCUUUUGUUAAAGUGGCCCGACAACUCAGUGCGUCCUCACCAGGAAGUGUCCUCUCUGUCCAUUCCAAGCUUAUGGAUGUACAUCUUUUCUUUUUCUCUCUUUCUAAAGUCUAUCGAUAAGCUUUUGACAAUUAUACAGUAUAUCCAUAAUAUUUUCAUUUUGGUGAAAAUCUAUUUUGUUUUUUCCUCUUAAUUUUUCUCGUUAUUUUAAAGAUUGUCAAUUGUAAUGUGUGUCAGAGUGUGCUGUCUCGCUAGGCGCUUCGGCUUGCUACGCUGGGCCGUGGUUUUUAAUAAAGCAGAGAUGAGCCUGGUGGACUCUGGAGCCUUUUACCAACAUGAACCAGCUCCAGCUUGUCCUUGUUCCCUGGAUUGCAAGCGAGUGAAUACAGGAUAAAGAUGUGGCUUCACUUUCUUGGUUGUACGGGGAAAGGACACCGGCUCUCUUUCUCCUUUUAUUUUUCUCUAAUGGAUAAAAAGAAGAAGACUUGGAGCUGCACCCCGAGGGGAAGGAACACAGUAGAGCAAACAUCUUUUCAUUGUCAAUGGAAAGACCGGUCCCCAGCUCUGAAAAAGCAACCAGCUACAUGUGCUUUUCCAGAAGCAGCAUGUCAAACACAAUCAAGUGAUCAUGAACUAACACUGCCUCAACUGACUGAUCCAGGAUUUAGCCAAUGGCAAACUGUCUUAGCAACAGCAUGGGCGUGCCUCCUCAUUUACCACCCAACCAUGUAACCGCCUCUUCUUCUGCAAUAGCCAAUUACAGCAGGAUAACUCUUCAUAGCUUUAACUCAGCAACCAGUCAGGCGCUGCUUUCAGAAAACAAACAAAAAACUGGUGCACCAAGGGCUGAUGGGAGGCUGAGAUUUGGUGGAACAGCUGCUGUGGAAUUGGACGUGUCACUUUUUACUGUGAAAAAAAAAAGACAAUGUGGAAAUUGUCUCAUUUUGUCCUGUAUGACUCCAGAAACCAUUUGGACUGGACCUCCAGAAGACUGUAGAGUGUACAGAAGAUGUUAGGAGAUCAAAUUAUUUUAAAAAAUGAGAACUGUCCACAGGCAGAUGUAGUGACGUGCUCAGCGGUGUUGCAGUGACAUGUUACACCACCUGAACCCAAAGUGUGACAUUACCUUUCUCACUAUGUCUCGCAUCGCAGCUCCU